AUGUUGAAGAUGAGCGGGUGGCAGCAGCAAAGCCAAAAUCAGAUCCGGAACCUGAGGAGAGAGUGUUCCAGAAGGAAGUGUAUCUUCAUACAUCACCAUACCUGAGAGCAGGUAGCAGGCCAGUUUGCCAUCCUGGGGUAUAGACUGUUUAACUGCUUUGUGGAGCUUAUUCCACUCCUACCCCUGACCUCCACAUCCUGAGUAUGUACUUUUCCAGAGCCUGAUCAAACUGCAGAGAUGGCAGCC